AUGGUCGAAUUAAUUCGACGAGUUAUUCCAAGAGAUAUUGUUGGUGAUGAUGGUAACAAAUUACAAAAAAUGGAUGCAUUAGUUCAUAUUUUUUAUGAAGUAACCGGUGUUAGCGGAGCAUUAGCUACAGCUGCGAUUAUUUGCCUAUUGAUCAAUUCAUCUGAAUUAAGUAAGAAUGAUCUCGAUAAUGACAUUAUGCCAGCAAAUGAAUCGAAUUAUUUUAAAUCAGCUUUUCAAGGAUUUUUUCUUUUUGGGCAGUCGAUUUUUAUUGGUGCAAAAAUUAUAUUUACUCUUCGAAAAUUUAUCUGGCUAUGGACUUGUUACACAUUGGCACUUUAUGCACAUCGUUAUAUUGAAAAUGGUACUGCUCCACAAAUAGCUAGACGAUAUUUUGGUCAAUCGGAAUGGUCGCAAAUUAUUGUUCGUGGUUCAGAUUUAGGUGAAUUACUCGGUGCUUUAUUCAUAUUUUGUGUUAGAACUUAUAUUAAAACGCCUCUUCCUUGGUCACAAUUAUAUGCCUUAAUGUUACUUAUUGUCUGA